GGUGGUUCCCGCCCUUCCUCCGCAGAGGCGAGCCAAAGAGGCCGGAGGAGCCGCAGCCGCUUCACGCUUCCCCUCGGCUUCCCGGCCCGUGGCAGAGAUGCCGCUCGAGCCCGCGCACCGCCGCUUCUUGCCGGCCGGCUCCGCGCUGCGCUGCGCGGGAGGCUUCCUGCUGCUGUGCCUCUUGGCGGCGUUGGGCGCGGCUGAGGGGGCCGAGCGGGAGGCGGCGGAGCGGCUGAGCCCGUAUUUCGGCACCAAAUGCCGCUACGAGACCCUCCACCCGCACCUGCUGCGGGAGCCGCUGGCCCUGGGCCCGCCGCAGUCGGGCUUCCCCCUGCCGCCGGCCUCCUGCACGCCGCUGCAGCUCAACGCCGUCAUCCGCCACGGCACCCGCUUCCCCACCGGCGGCCAGAUCAAGAAGCUGGCCCACCUGCACCGCCUGCUCGGGCAGAGGAACGGCAGCUGCGCCGCCUCCGAGGCCCUGGCCGGCUGGAGCCUCUGGUACCGGGAGGACAUGGACGGGCAGCUGGCCGAGCGCGGGCGCCACGACAUGAGCACGCUGGCCCGCCGCCUGGCCGCCCGCUUCCCCGGCCUCCUGGCCCCGCGGCGCCGCUUCGCCUUCGUUAGCAGCCACAAGGCCCGGUGCCUCAACAGCAGCGACGCCUUCAGGGACGGGCUGCGCCAGGCGCUGGGGGGGCAGCAGCCGCCCGAGCUGGGAAACGACCCAACAAUGCUGGGAGACAUUAAAAUAAAUGACACAUUAAUGAGAUUUUUUGACCUUUGUGAAAAAUUUGUAAGAGAUGUAGACAACAAUGAUGAAGCUAUGCAUGAAGUAGAUGCUUUCAAAGUGGGUCCUGAGAUGAAGAAAGUGGUAGAAAGAAUUGCAAAUAACUUGUGUCUGCCAGUGGAUCAGUUAAAUGCAGAUUUGGUUCAGGUGGCAUUUUUCACCUGCUCAUUUGAGCUCGCUAUAAAAAACAUUAGCAGCCCUUGGUGUUCCAUAUUUAGUGAAGAGGAUGCCCUGGUACUUGAAUAUCUGAAUGAUCUAAAGCAGUACUGGAAGAGAGCAUAUGGAUAUGAGAUAAACAGUCGUGCCAGCUGCAUUCUUUUCCAGGAUAUCUUCAGAAAUUUGGACCAGGCUGUUCUGGAGAGUAAAAAUUCAAAGCCCAUUUCUUCACCUGUGAUCCUCCAGUUUGGCCACGCAGAGACCCUUCAACCACUCCUUGCUCUUAUGGGUUACUUCAAGGACAAAGAACCUCUUAAAGCAAAUAACUACCAUAGGCAUAUGAAUCGGAAAUUUCGCAGCGGCCGCAUCGUCCCAUAUGCCUCAAACCUGGUCUUUGUGCUUUACCACUGUGAUCAAGUGCAAUCCCCCAAGGAGGAGUACAAGGUACAGCUCCUGCUCAACGAGAAGCUGCUGGAAUUCCCUUGGUCAAAAAAGACAGUCAUUUCAUAUGCCAACCUGAAAAACCGCUAUAAAGAUGUUCUUCAGAAAUGCCACUUCGCAGAAGUGUGCAACAUACCACAGAAUACCACUAAUACUGUUGUACUGUAAAAAAAAAAAAAAAAAGAAA